ACUACCCAGACACCGGAGCCGCUUGACGCAACCGCCGUUUCAUUUGACAAAGUGCUAGCAAUAGAAUAAUCUUCACCGCAGACGAACGUCAUCUCCUUCGAUUACAUAAGGACUGAAGUGUUCAGCAGACGUCGCUUCCAAGGCGUCCAUGAGGUGUCACAGAUCACAGUGGCACAUGUGCACAUUAGCACAACUGUUUGGGGAUUCGACCUCGUGACUUCGCCCAAGAUGAAAAACGGCUGGCAUCUGACUGUGGUGGUGUCCACGGUGUGUUCCUUAUUUGCUAGCCAUGUGGACGCAGCAAACGUGUUGGCUCUUUUCCCCCUGCCAACCAGGAGUCACUGGUUUUCACUCAAACCACUCGUAACUGGACUGUCCCAAAGAGGCCACAACAUCACACUGCUGAUUAGUGAAAUGGAGAAAGAUAUACCUGAAAACUGGGAUGUCAUAAGAAUUCCAGUGAUUUUUCCGGAUUUCGGAAAAAGUGAAAACACCAUGAAACUACAAUCUUCAGCUGUAGGUAUGAAGCUAUAUGAUGCCUUGGCGGACUCGGGCAUCGAUAUUUGUGGGAAAUUAUUCCAGCUGGAGUCUAUUCAGAAACUGAUCAACACAAAAGAAAAAAAAUUCGAUCUGCUUCUAAUUGAAUAUUUCAUGGACGAGUGUCUCCUAGGCUUGGCACACAAAUUUAGCGUUCCUGUGGUCGCUUUGUCUUCCUUCGGAGGGUUUCCCUUUACAGGAGAUGCAGUUGGUGAUCCUUAUACACCAUCAUAUGUUCCGGAUGUUGUGUACACAUAUACAGACCACAUGACUUUCUGGCAGCGGCUACACAACUCUCUGUCAGUGGCGUAUGCAAGAUAUGUGUUCAAUUAUUACUACUGCCCGAAAAUUGAUGAAAUAAUGAAGCCGAUUUUCAAAGAUCCUACGAUGCCAAGUGUGUCAGCUUUGAUAGCUAAUGCGUCACUGCUGAUCGUCCAAAGCCACGUGAGCUUUGCGUACCCUCGACCUCACUUACCCAGCGUGAUUGAGACCGGGGGUAUGCACAUACAGCAACCACAGGCACUACCACAGGACCUGAAGAAGCUAAUGGACAACGCAAAUGACGGCGUCAUUUUCUUCAGCAUGGGAUCUUUUGUAAGGAGUAGUGAUUUUCCCCAGGAGAGUGUUCAAGCUUUUCUAACUGCCUUCUCUAAACUGAAAGAACUGGUCCUGUGGAAAUGGGAGACGGACACUAUGCCUGGGAAGCCAGAAAAUGUGCAUCUUGGCAAAUGGUUUCCACAGUCUGACUUGCUAGCUCACAAAAACAUGAAGCUCUUCAUCUCCCAUGGAGGACUGCAGAGCAGUUUGGAAGCGACCGCUCGGGGUGUUCCCUUGAUUGGCAUACCAGUAGGAGCCGAGCAAGGUUAUAAUGUCCAAAGAAUCGUUCAAUACGGUUACGGCAUCAAACUAGAUCUGCAGAACAUAACUAUACAGUCUGUGGAGUGGGCUGUUCAUGAAGUUUUGAAUAACCCAAUAUACCGCGAGAACGCGAAGCUGCGCUCCCGCCUGUUCUGGGACCGUCCGGAGAGCCCUGUGGAGACGGCCGUCUACUGGACAGAGUACGUGCUGAGGCACCGGGGAGCCCCCCACCUGCGCAGCGCCGCCCUCGACCUCAGCUGGUACCAGUACAUCCUGCUGGACGUCGCUGCCCUGCUGCUGGCUGGAGCGCUCCUGGUGCUUAUUGUCGCUGUCGUGGCUCUCAGGACACUUUACAGGCUAAUCACAGCAAGAACCUCUGCGUCACACCAACAGAAGAAAAAGAAAACAACGAAGAAGGAGUAAAGGAGACGUCUUACCCUAGCGGUGCCACAACUGUAAAGCCUCUACACUCAGUGUAACAGGGUUAAUAACUGAUAGUACAAACAACAUGUCCAUGACGAUUUGCGACUCACGUUACAAAACCUGAUAUCAAGUCUCCGAGUGCUAUCACAUCUAGGUAAAAAUCCCUUCUGCCCCAUCUAGUGUCUGACCUUGUUUAUCGGCUGGAAUUGUGUUGCUAGCCAACUUCAGAGUACUCUAGUCGUUCACAAGAAAUUUGCUGGGAAUUCACAUACUCGUUAGUCUCUGAAGGGAUGAGUAGUUGGAAAGCUUCAUGAAGUACAAUAUUGUUACGGGAAUAUAUUGUACUGAAGUUAAUCUGUUUAUACUUCUGUUAUCUUCAUGAUCUGAAGGUGAGACAUACAGGGUGGUUUAUCUGUCCCUACAGAUUUAGUUCUAUGCAAGCCACAGUGUUACAUAUGGCUUUAAAAAACACCUACAAGAUCUUUAUAUUCUCUAGCUCGCUAUGCGCCAACUAUUAAUCCUACACAAAAAAAAAUGAAAUGUACUUUUUUGUAGGCAAUUUGAUACAGUUAAAUAUCAAAUGGGAUAGUGUUCACUCUACACCAUGGUUAUUCCAGAAAACGUACAAAACUGAUCUCCAAACGCAGCACCCCCCCCCCUCCCGUCCCCCCGCCGACACACCCAUUCUUCAUCAGCUAGAGUAAAGUGUGUUAUUCGUGGCACUCCCUCUUACCACUAUAUAAAAUUUUGCGACUACACCAAGUGUUCACGAGACCGAGCGAGGUGGCGCAGUGGUUAGCACACUGGACUCGCAUUCAGCAGGAAGAGGGUUCAAUCCUGCGCCGGCCCAUCCUGAUUUAGGUUUUCCGAGAUUUCCCUAAAUCGCCUGAGGCAAAUGCCGGGAUGGUUCCUUUGAAAGGUACGGCCGAUUUCCUUCCCCAUCCUUCCCUAAUCCGAUGAUAUCGAUGACCUCGCAGUUUGCUCUCCUCCCCCCAAGUCAACCUCGAACCCCAAAGCCAGCUGCUCACGAUAUUCGAUCUUUUGUGGUCUGUAUUGAUUGAUUUAUUACGCCACCAGCAUAGUCGGCUACUUUGUUAACACUAUUAAUUUGAACGCAAGCAUAUGGGUAACUAGCGAAAAACGACUUUCCGAUCCAAGUUUAAUCUUUAGAAGCACAGUUGUUUUAUAGUCAGAAGCUCUGAGGAAUACACCGAUGGAAUCGUUUAUUAUAUGCAGGCAAUGUCUGCCGCGCGGUGUAGCCGUGCGAUCUUAGGCGUCUUGUCAUGGUUCGCGUGGCUCCCCCGCCCCCCUCCCUCCAUCACACAUCAGGCAUGGAUGCAUGGGUGGAUGAGUGUUGUCCUUAGAGUAAGUUAGUUUAAGUUCAAUCAAGUACUGCGUUAUCCUAGGGACCGAUGACCUCAGCAGUUUGGCCCCAUAGUCCUAGCCACAAAUUUCCAAAUUGUUGGACGAUGUUUACAAACACGCUAGUUUUAUAAUAUUACGUGCUCGAUGAUGUCGGUGGCGUAAUAGGUCAAUCAAUAUAGACCAUAAAAGGUCGAAUGGGGAAAAUAUUUCGUGCAGUCGCAAAUUUUUGUACUGUGGUGGAUGGAGUGUCGUGAACAACAUACUAGAAAUCCUGACCGGUGGGGGCUGAGUGUGGGUGAGGAUGUGGGUUUGAAGGUCCCAUCUCUAGCCUACGUUUUUCUCGAAUAACUCGAAAAGUACGGUCCCUAGAGAAAACGUAUGCCAGUACAAAAUUUAACUUCAUUAAAUAAAUGUCUUGGUAAUUUUUUUUCUGUUGGACUAACAGUUUGCACGUAACGAGCGAGAGAUUGUGAAAAUUUCGCUCGUGGUUUUUGAAGACCAGAUCUAACAUAGCAGGCUGCAUAAAACUACAUCAGUAGGGGCAGCUGAAUCACCCUUUAUAUGACAUGGCAGAUUAAUUUUGAACUUUUAGUGUUAACUGGGCUACACUUGACUCAUUUCAUGUAAUGUUAAUGCUAGUGUAAAUAGUAAUUUAACUACGUUUGUACAUUCAUUUGUAUGAGAUUAAAAAAAGAAAAGACUGUGCUGUACUGCAGUGAGCAAUAAAACUUUUACUUGUAAUGAUUAAA